CAGAGGGGAGAGACGCCGAGAGGAAACCCGCACGAUCCACCGUAGACACCGAGAAGACGAGAAGAGCCUCCGUUAACCGGCCGGAACAGCGACGGCGAGACCGAAGAUAAGAGCGCGAGCGACUUCACACAUUUGGAAGUUAGCUAGUUAGUUAGUUGGUUAGUUAGGCAGGUUACCACUUUUAAAGGGAAUUUAAAUAGAAGGGCUAACGUGAAAGUGAGAACUUACCAGCCAGCUACGAACGCGUUUAUUUAUUUAAAGCGUUAAGAGGUUUCAGAGGCGCCGGGGACCCUUCGCGAUUUUGGGACUCACCUGCUGCCCGGACUCUCUCCUCCUCCGCCACCUCCAGACCUCCGGACCUCCAGUGCGGGACCACGGGGCUUUUUAUUAACUGAAAGAAAUAAAACACACAAGUGGUGUGUGUUUGUGUGUGUGUGCGGCGAGGAGCAAGGAGGAGAUUGAGUGAAGCACGCCCGGCACAAAGAGCAUCCAGAGCGGGGAGGAAGGAGGACCGAGGCACCGAGGGAGCGCGGCGGCGAGCGAGGACAACACCGGGGACCCGACGGAGGAGAGCAUCCCUCCUUUCAGGCAGCACGGAGCCCAGAAGCCACAGCUGUACACGAGACCGGUCCAGCGUCAGUUGCUCCUCUCCUCCAGGGAUACCUGCUCCUGAUCUGUUUGCCGCUCGGCUUGUUCAGUACCCAGUCGCCCUCUCCACUCUGUCCCGAUGAAGGAGGCAGACGCCAUCAAGCUGUUUGUGGGGCAGAUCCCCCGGAAUCUGGAAGAGAAGGACCUCAAGCCCAUUUUCGAGCAGUUUGGCAAGAUCUAUGAGCUAACUGUGAUUAAGGACAAAUACACUGGCAUGCACAAAGGAUGUGCGUUCCUGACGUACUGUGCGAGAGAGUCGGCACUGAAAGCCCAGAGUGCUCUACAUGAGCAGAAGACAUUACCAGGGAUGAAUCGACCAAUCCAGGUGAAACCAGCUGACAGUGAGGGCAGAGGAGAGGACAGGAAAUUGUUCGUGGGCAUGCUGGGAAAACAACAGAGUGACGAGGAUGUCAGACGGCUGUUCGAGCCUUUCGGCAGCAUAGACGAGUGUACUGUGUUGAGAGGACCUGACGGCACCAGCAAAGGGUGUGCUUUUGUAAAAUACCAAGGACACACUGAAGCCCAGGCUGCCAUCAACAGCUUGCAUGGAAGCCGCACAAUGCCUGGAGCAUCGUCCAGUCUGGUGGUGAAGUUCGCUGACACAGAGAAGGAGCGGGGGCUGAGGAGGAUGCAGCAGGUGGCCUCCCAGCUCGGCAUCUUCAGCCCCAUGACCCUCAAUUACCCUGCCUACAAUGCCUACACACAGGCGGUCAACGCACAGCUUGUCCAACAGCAGGCCCUGGUUGCCCAGUCAGCAUACUUGUCUCCUGUGGCAACAGUUGCCGCUGUACAGAUGCAGCAGAUGGCGGCGCUCAAUGCCAACGGACUCAUCGCCACACCCAUCACACCCAUCACAUCAUCCUCGGGUACAAACACUCCCCCAACUAUUGCAGCAACACCUGUGUCAGCUCUCCCUCCACCAUUAGGAGUGAAUGGUUACAGCAGUUUGCCAGCCCAGACCAAUGGACAACAAGCAACAGAAGCACUAUACACCAACGGCGUUCACCCAUAUCAAGCUCAAAGUCCAGCAGGAUUGGACCCUUUACAACAGGCAUACGCUGGUAUGCAGCACUACACAGGUUGGUCGGCAUACCCUGCUGCCUACGGAUUGGUUGGGCAGCCGUUCCCCCAGCAGCCAACACUGGUUGCCCAGCAACACCAGCAACCCCAGCAACAGCAGCAGCGAGAAGGUCCAGAGGGGUGUAACAUAUUCAUCUACCACCUGCCCCAGGAGUUCAGUGACUCUGAGAUGCUGCAGAUGUUCUUGCCCUUUGGCAACGUCAUCUCGGCAAAGGUGUUUGUGGACCGUGCCACCAACCAGAGCAAAUGCUUCGGAUUUGUGAGUUUUGAUAACCCAGCCAGCGCUCAGGCUGCCAUCCAGGCCAUGAACGGUUUCCAGAUCGGCAUGAAAAGACUGAAAGUGCAGCUCAAAAGGCCCAAAGAUGCCAACCGGCCGUACUGAGUGACCACUGAGAGGAGGAAGAAGAAAUAAAGAGAGGUGACCCUUCAGAGUCCAGCCGAGGUGGAAUCCCAGGGUUCACUGUGCUUUCAGACUGUCUGCUACCUUUGAGUGUCUGGAGAGUGCUGCCACACACACACACACACAAAGACACAAACACACAUACUGACACAUAUACACACACUCACACACUGCCAGACAAACACUCACACUGACCCACAUGCACUCUCAACAAUGAACCUCAAGCGGUACAAAGCUGAUAUACAAAUGUACAUAAUGUGCACAAACACAAACACACACACACACACAAACACACACACACACACACACACAUACACACAUCCCUGCCAACACUCACACAGAUACACACGGUACACAGGAGUCAGUAAUCCCCAUACAACCAAGAACUUGGUUUGACCAUAGUCUGUGUGGAGUUUGCCAACAGGGUGUUUAGUUCAGUGAAGACAACUCAGAGUAAAUGUGUGCGGAAGCUACUGAUGAAAAAAUGAUGAUAUAUCACUUCAAUAGACUUUAACAUGUCUAUACCAUGUCUAUUACAUGACAAAUAUAGAGGGACCGAACUUUCAUAAUAAAAAAAAUGAAAAGAAAAUACAAAAAAAGACAAUUAAAUGAGUAGGGUAGAGAGACUUUGGUGAAAAUCCUAAUGACCUGUAAAUAAUUUAGUUUACAAAGAGCAGCAUUUAAAAAAAGAAAGAAAAAAUGCAAAAAAGAAUACUACUUUAGAUAAACACUGAACAAGACACAGCGACAUCAUUAUUAUUAUCAUCAUCAUUAUUAUUAUUAUUAUCAUUAUUACCACUAGUAACAUCAUCAUUUGCAUAAAGGGAUAUUACAUUCCAAAUUGUAAAAUGGGAAAUCACUAACCUAUUUUAAAUUUCUACUUAGAUUUUAGGUGAAACACGGGGGGAGGGGGGGUUGCACUUUUAUUCGGGAGGUUUAAUAUUUGAGCUAUUUUUUAUUUAUUUACUAAUUUAUCAAUUAUUUUGUUUAUUGAGAGAAGGGGUUUGAGUGGGUUGCAAUAUUUUCAUUUUAGAAUUUUUUAGAGAAACUUUUUUGAGAGCCUGUUUCUGUCAGACUCUUGCAAUCGAGUAAUUAUGAUGUAUGUAUUAAUUAUUACAGCAAUUCUAUUUAUUUCUUAUUUAUUGAAUCCUGUUUUUGAUCCACUCUCUUUUUAAGUUAAAAUAAAAAAA